UGCGCCGGACGAAGGCGGAGUAGAAGGAGGAGGGAAGCUCGAGCGUUACUGAGCGUUCGGCUCCCGAAGUCUGUUUAGAUGAGGGGCCUUGGGCAUUGUCGAUUUCUUUCUCAGAAAAGGAUUAUGGAUAUCCUGUCCAACACUGAACAGCAGCGCAGCACAACUAAAAUCCUUCUACAUGAUAACGAUAGGAAUCAUACGAUAACGAUACGAUGAUGCAGGUCUCCCUUUCUGACUGUUCAGUUUUAAACAACGAAUAUGAAGACAUGAGACACCAGUUUUAAAGACUGACCUUCGUGAUCGAAAGAUUUAAAUGAGGUCAGUUAAAAUAAAUAAAUCUGCUAGUCAUCGCUGAAGAUUGCCUAGCCUCCUGUGUCACCGGCAUUGGCCAGCUGUGCUGAACUUGAGCUUCUGCGUUGAAGAGAAUGACCACUGAGAGCUCUCUGGAGUCCACCAGCCCCAUGAGGACGGGUUCGGCGUCAGAUGGGAUGCAUCCCGGAUUAAUGGACACUCCGACUGCCUUUGAAAGCCAGGGUACUGAGCCAAGCAAAGGAAAAAAGAACAACUCGGGAUUGCGGCGUCCCGAAAAGCCACCCUACUCUUAUAUUGCGCUCAUUGUGAUGGCGAUCCAGAGCGCACCGACAAAGCGUCUCACUCUGAGCGAGAUUUACCAGUUCCUACAGACGCGGUUCCCUUUCUUCAGAGGUUCUUACCAGGGAUGGAAAAACUCCGUUCGACACAAUUUGUCUCUGAAUGAAUGCUUCAUUAAGUUGCCCAAAGGCCUGGGGCGCCCUGGAAAAGGCCACUACUGGACCAUAGAUCCUGCGAGUGAAUUCAUGUUUGAGGAAGGCUCCUUCCGGCGGAGACCGCGGGGAUUUCGGAGAAAAUGUGAAGUCUUGAAGCCCAUGUACCGUAUGAUGAAUGGCUUCGGGUUCACUUCCGCCAUUUUACCCCAGAACUUUGACUUACAGUCUCCAACGUGCCACGCUAAUGGCUACAACCUAGACGUGAUAUCAGGAUCUGUGUCUGGUGGCGGGUAUGACGCCCUGAAAAUUGGCCACUAUGGACACAUGGCGAACUGUCCACUACCAACAAAUGGAAACUAUGGGGCAAACAGCAGUAGUCCAGUCUCCUCUUGCCCUGCAGGCAGCUUGGUUGAAGGUCAUUCGCAGUAUUCUGGGACAGCUCACCACUGGCCUUCACCUCCUUACCUAAAGCGCACUCCUAUUAGCUCUGGUAGUCCAGGGUCCUCUGCACAACAGCAAAGUACAGCAUCGUUAUCUUCAUGCUACUCUAUGGAGCAAGCCUAUCUGCAGCCGAGCAAUAGACACGGUGCAGACAUGACAGUGGGUGUAUCUUGCUAUCAGGCCCAUUCCACUCAAGUGGAUGAAAGGAAAGACUUUGUGUUAAACUUCAGUGGAAUCUCAUCUCUCCAUCCGCCUGCUAGUGGAUAUUAUUCUCAUCACCAUCAUCAAUACAAUCAUCAUCAGCAGCAGCAGCAGCAGCAGCAAAAUGUUCAGAGUGUUCAGCAGGACGUCAAGCCGUGUGUAAUGUGAAGGAGUUCAUCAAACCCAGUAUUAAAAUACCCAGUCCAACAUAUCGUCCAACAUACCCAAGCCAAUAGAUCAGUUUAUUAGCAAGCACUCCGUGGUUAUUUUGUUGGUGUUUUUAUUAAUAUUAUUAUUAUUCUUUGACUUGUCCAUUGGGGGUUGAGUCAUUGAUGUCUAUAAGGCUGCUUUCAGGUAAACCUGUAUUAUGCUAUAAAUAUUCUGUUCUGUUCUUUCAUGAGUUGCCACGUGUGUUCAGGGCAGGGGAACAUCGAACUGUACAUAGCAGGAGUUGAGUGGAGAUCUCCUAUCCAACGAUUUAUUAUUUCAAUUUGCCGUCUAACUGUAUAUUCUAUAAUAAAAAUGUA